GGCGAACAACGGGCACAAUUCAAAAGCCGUGACCAUCAACGCUUUGGAAGAAGGAAGGACACAGAGGCUGUGCAAAACCCAUCGACGAAGAGGACACUCGGUCCUCCCCCGCUUUCCCUUCUUUACACCUCUGGCCAGCGUCCGAACAUCCCAGCGGAAGUUUUCUUGACCAUGACCUCCUUCUUCGUCCCCAAGUCCCGCAAAGUCAAGUUUGAAGCAACCUGUCAUGUCCACGACCUUACGAACCUCCCAUAUGUUAGCGGACUUUAUUUUGUUAAAUGGAAACUAAAGAAUGGUGGAAGCUAUGAGGGGCUGACCCACAAAGUGGUAGUAAAAGAGCAUGUCGCCUCUUGGGACUGUACCUUCCGCCUUGAACCGACAAUGAUCAUUGGAAAGGAUGGCGUCCUUCUUCCAUGCGAAUUGAUUCUCUACAUACGACAGUCUGUCAAUGCCGGGAAAAGCACCGAAGACAUUGGAAUGGUUUCAAUUAACCUUGCGGAAUAUGCAGCGUCUCGAUCAACGUCAAGGCGUUAUUUGCUGCAAGAAUCAAGAGUCAAUUCGAUCAUCAAGGUGACGAUUGAGAUGAAGCUCGUUAAGGGUGAUCCCGUUUACAAAGUUCCCGAAGUGUCAAAACGAGACCUAUCCAGUGAGAGUAUUAGGGGUAUCUUUUCGGAGGAGGGGCGUGAGGACCACUCAAUGUACUCCCUAUCGAGUUUGGAAGAUCCAAAGAGUGUGCGGCAAUCGCAGGUCCAUCCCUUGUUAUCCCAAGGAGACGACCCAAACGUUGAUCUAGUCAAUCGCCUGUUUGCCACUACAACCUCGCAAGGACACUCAUAAUUACCUCAUUUGUUGUCAACCAAAUCGGCUGAUGCGGGCGUCCCUUGGACAAUUCGGAAUUUGUAUAUAUAUAGUCUUCUUUUUUUUUGGAUUUUUCUACUUAACUAAUACCCAACUGAUAUAAUAUAACCCAUCCAUAGAGGAUUCCAACUGAGCAAUAAAUAGAUGUCAGCAUCAGUGGGAGA